UAUUUUCCAAAAGAGACAACUUCACUUCAAUUGUUAAAACAUAACCUCCAAAGUCAAAGUUGAAAAUUUGUUAGUCAUCCUAAAAACAAUGUCGGCAACUGUAUCUCGCCCUUAUUUUCCUGAUUAUGCUGCAAAUGCUCCGACCAAACACCAUUUCAGCCCUUACGCCGAUAAUGGAGGGAGCAUCGUAGCCAUAGCUGGAGAUGAUUAUGUUGUUAUCGCCGGAGAUACCCGUCUCAGUGCGGGGUUUCAAAUCUACACAAGAGAACAAAAUAAACUGUUUCAAUUGACAAAUACGACUGUGUUGGGUUGUGCCGGAUGUUGGUGUGAUACGCUCACACUGACCCGUCUUUUGAGCGCUCGAAUGCAAAUGUAUGAACAGGAGCAUAACAAAACGAUGUCUACGACUGCAGCCGCCCAAAUGCUCUCGACCAUUUUGUAUUACAAGCGUUUUUUCCCAUAUUACAUAUCAAACAUGCUGGUUGGUUUAGACGACGAGGGUAAAGGCUGUGUUUACAGUUAUGAUCCCAUUGGUCAUUGUGAGAAAGCAAAGUAUCGUGCAGGUGGCUCCGCCGGUGCUCUUCUACAACCUUUGUUAGAUAAUCAAGUGGGCUUGAAAAACAUGCAAGGAAUUAAAUCCGAACCGAUUCCACUUGAACGUGCCCUUGCCAUAUUAAAAGACGUUUUCAUUUCUGCUGCCGAACGUGAUAUCUACACCGGUGAUGGAAUUCACAUUAAUAUCAUAACAAAGGACGGACUUAAGAGCGAUUCUUUCCAACUGAGAAAGGAUUAAAUUGUUUUCAAGUUUAUGUAAUGAUUGCGUAAAUAAAUUUCAUUUAAUAGAAAAAA